CUGUGUUCGAAUUCCGUGAGCUCUGCUCCUCCACACAUCGCGCAACAGAGCGCUCUCUCUCUCUCUCUCUCACUCAGAUAGUGAAAAUGGUCUCUGUGGUAUUUCCACAGACAACUUGUAUGCAUUUCAGCUUGAACCUUCGAAACGAUUCGUUGGCCUCUCUCUCAUCUUUAUCACCCGACCGUCUUCUUCCCAAAAGUUUUAAUCGACAAAGAGGCAAUGAUAAAAAUUCUAGACACUGUACAGUAAACUGCAGACUUGCCAGGGUGAAAGAAUCUCCUUCCCCGAGCCUAGAUACACUGAUAAGAGAACCCCACAAAUAUUUUGAUCAAGUAAUUGUUACGGUUCGUUCUGGAGAUGGAGGCCAUGGCGCCAUUCUUAGUAUGCCUAAUCAAAGAACUCCUUCAAAGUCACAAGGAAAACAUGAAAAGGAGAAAACAAAGAAGAAAAGUUCAUAUAAAAGGGAUUUUGAUGGGUCUCUCAUCCUUCCUAUGGGUGGGCAUGGUGGGGAUGUUGUAAUUUAUGUGGAUGAGGGCAAAGACUCGUUAUUGGAGUUUCACAAGAAGAGCCGGUUUAAUGCAAAGCGUGGGGGAAAUGUUGCUGCAAUGGGAGUUUUAACAUCUCAAUUACAUAAUGGGUUUGCUGCUCCAACAUUGCGUAUUCCUGUGCCUUUAGGUACUGUUGUAAAACUUAAACGGGGCAAGUUUUUGGCUGAUUUAGCGCGCCCAGGGGAUGAAAUUCUUGUUGCAAGGGGUGGACAAGGAGGGAUUAGCUUGGUAGAAAUGCCAGAGCACAGAAGAAAAAGAGUAAUGGCCUUAACAACAAAUGUGCUGAGAGAUGAAACUGACAAGGUUUUAUCUUUUGGUCAGCCAGGGGAGGAGGUUAGUUUGGAGUUAAUACUAAGAGUUGUUGCUGAUGUUGGUCUUGUCGGACUCCCAAAUGCUGGCAAAUCAACCCUAUUGGCAGCCAUAACACUUGCAAAACCUGAUAUUGCUGAUUAUCCCUUCACAACCUUAAUGCCAAACCUUGGACGCCUCGACGGUGACCCUGGUUUAGGGGCAGGGAAGUAUUCAUCUGAAGCAACAUUGGCAGAUCUGCCUGGUCUUAUUGAAGGUGCUCAUCUGGGGAAGGGUCUUGGUCGCAAUUUUUUGCGGCACCUGAGGAGGACUCGCUUGUUGGUUCAAGUUGUUGAUGCAGCUGCUGAGAAUCCUGUGGAUGACUACCGCACUGUAAGAGAAGAAUUGAGGAUGUAUAAUCCUGAGUACCUGGAACGACCAUAUAUUGUUGUACUAAACAAGAUUGAUAUUCCUGAGGCAAGGGACAGGCUUCCAUCCUUGACUCAAGAAAUAUUAAGAAUUGGAAAAGAUGAUACACUGUCCCAGCCAGAGACAAGCUCUGGAGAUACAGUUGAAGCACCAUCUGCUGAGGAUGAUCAUGCAAAUGUUUUUUCUUCAGGGAUCUCUAAUGCUGAUAGGAAUGUCAAAGAAAUUGAGGACUAUCCACGCCCCCUUUCUGUUGUCGGUGCCAGUGUUCUUAAAGGUAUGAAGAUAAAAGAUAUGUUGAAGGAGAUAAGGGCAGCCUUAAGAAAGUGUUGAGAUUCCAAUGAAACACCAGCAAUGACAGUGAGACUGUGAGAGCUUCAACAACUGUGGAUGCUUAAAACCAAAAUCUACCUAAUCAAAUAAUCAGCUUGUACAUAUUAAAACUGAAUAUGCGGAUUUUGAAUCCACUGCGACAACAACUAUGUCAACCCAUUUACCAACUCCAAUGCUGCAGGACUGUUGGACUAGACACCUUGGCCGAGUUAUUGACUUCAGGUUGGAAAUAUAUGCGCUACAUGCAGGUUCACAUCACACCUCUUCUUGGAUCCUUGCUAAUUUCAUGUUUUUAUUUCCUUGAGGUUGGCUCCAAUGAAACUCUUCGGUGCACAAAUUUUGUUUGAUAAUGAAGGUCUAACUAUUUGCUCGGCUACAUGUUGAGAAUUGCAUAAUGUUUGUAAAUGCCCAUGUGCUUGUUUUUUCUUGAAGGAAAAUGCUAAACCACCAAAAUGUUUAUAUUGAAUUUGCUAUAAAAAUGAUGUGACAGUGACAUUUGUUAAUAAAAAUCAUCUUAAUGGGUCUUUCGCUUCAAAGUGAAAGGUCUAUAUUGAACCA